AUGCUGGCCUUCCGAGACCAGGAGAACUUGGUGCACGCCCACCAGACUGCCGCUGCUUCCAAACCCUUGAAUCAAGGUACCAAACAACUUCAGCCGAGAACCCCGGGAGCCCGAGCUCCAAAGACGCCGUUCAAAGUUCCGUUGAACGAUGAAAAUGAUCCGUUAGCUUUUGGAAAGAGAACCGUGAAAGGGACCGGGAAAGGAACGGUCAAGCUCAAGGAGAAUGCCAAACCAUCCGUCAAAGAUGCCUUUGUCACCCCGGCUGAUCCUCGUCACCGUGCCCCGCUGGGUAUGAAGACAACCAAUGCCAAAGCUAAAGGCUUGCAGACACCCGCCCCGCUGGGGGGAACUGUUAAGCCCGAAAAGUCUGGAAAAAGAGCCUCCACGCAGAGAGUCAAGAAAUUCACCCCCUUGGUGGAGCAAAGCAAACCUGAAGUGCAGACGAAGGAUGUGGAAGAUGACGUACCGGACAUUGAAUACAUGCCGCCUAAGCCUCAGGAGCUUCCGGAUAUCCCCGAUGACAUCACAUACGACACUACAUUCCCGCAAUUCCAGCCCAAGAACAUGGCCUUAGGAUUGGAAAGUGUAUACGGCGACAACGAGAUUGGAAGCGAUGGCCUCACAAAGCGAGAACGCAAGAUGCAGGAAGACUCAAUUGCGUGCGACAAAAUGAUGGACGAGAUGAUUCUCAAACAGGUGGAGAGCAUUAGUUUUGAAGAGCUAGAUCAUCAUCUACCUUCCCAGGAGCCUCCUGUGGAAGAAGUUCCUAAACGUCGUGUCGGAACACGGCGGACCAGAGUCACGCCGAGCAGUGCGAAAUACACCAGCAAUAUCUCCACGGCUCGAGCUCGCGAUGCUGCUACUGCACUGUCGGGAACGCGCAGCCGGUCUGUGGCUGUUCCCAAACCCAAACCCAGAGUCGCUUCCUCUCUGUUUGCGUCGAAGAAGCCUCGUGCUCCCACCAACCCAUCCACCAUGCGGAACACAGCUGCGGCCGCCACCUCCCGGACCACUGUCGGUUACACCAAAGGCCGUGAUGUGUCGGCAAAACUGCAUGGCAAGUCGGCUGUCGCACCGAAACCGCCUGUGCCGCAGGACAUCUUUUCCACCGAGACCUAUCUACGACCGGAAGGAACGCCGCCGCUAGACAGCGUUCUAGCCGAUCGGUUCCCGGAGUCGUUUGGACUUGAACAUGAAGAGUUGCUUCCCACUUAUGAAGAAGAUGAGGAAUCACAGAACUUCCAGCUCACCCUGUGA